AUGGCAGCCGAGGGGGCGGCCGUACCGCUUCAGUCAAAAGACCACAAGACUUUGAUGGACAUCAUUGAUAAAUUGAGGUCCAAGGGAAUCAACCGCUAUGUCAAUCUACCUCAGAUCGUCGUCUGCGGCGAUCAAUCCUCUGGUAAAAGCUCUGUGCUGCAAGCCAUUUCGGGCAUGACCUUUCCGACCAAGGACAGCCUCUGCACGCGUUUCGCGACGGAAUUGAUCUUGCGACAUACCAAUGAGCACACUGGCGAGAAAUGUUGCGUAUCCAUCUCUCCCGGUGACGAUCGCUCACCCAAGGAAAAGGCACUCCUUGAGAAAUUCCAAUACUCCGAGAUCCCUGGUAACUUCAACAUCGGGACCUUAGUGGAUAAGGCCAAAGAAGCCAUGGGCGUUGGUAUUGAUAAAGGCAGGACCUUCUGUAAGGACAUCCUUCGCAUCGAGCUAUCCGGACCAGCACAGCCUCAUUUGACAAUUGUCGACCUCCCAGGCCUGUUUCGGGCUGGUAAUAAGGAGCAAUCGACCGAGGACGCCGCCAUCGUGCAAUCGCUAGUCUUAUCAUACAUGAGGAACCCGCGCAGCAUCAUUCUGGCUGUGGUUUCAGCUCAGAGUAACUUCGCUUUACAGGAAGUUACUCAACACGCGCGCGAGAUAGACAUUCGCGGAGAGCGGACCUUGGGGCUUAUCACAAAGCCGGAUACGCUUGAUGUCGGCUCUGCAAGCGAGCGGGACUACUUCGAUCUGGUCCAGAAUAGGGACGUCAAGUUCAGGCUCGGAUGGCACGUCGUGCGAAACCGCGAUUUUAAAAGCAGAGAUUGCACCAACGAAGAGCGGGAUCAAGCGGAGGCAGAAUUCUUCGACCAGGGCGUCUGGGCCGGGCUACCACGAUCCCACAAGGGCUCUGCAAGCCUCCGCACUAGGCUGAGCGAGGUGCUGAAGGAACAGAUUCUCGAGCAGCUCCCGGAUGUUUUGGAAGAGAUACAGAGGGGACUAGACCAGUGCUCGAGCCAGCUCGAAAAGCUUGGUGUGGCUCGUAGCACGCUCGCCGAACAACGAAAGUACUUGCUUAGUGCCAGCCACCAAUUCUCGAACCUUAUAACCGAAGCGAAAGACGGGUUCUAUCAGAAUAAGUUCUUUGGAAAUGUUAGAGAAGAUGCAGGAUAUCGUAAGCGACUUCGCGCUGUGGUGCAGAAUACUUUGACCGAUUUCGCUCAAAUAAUGCAAACCGAUGGAGAAGCAAGAAAAAUCGUCGAGAGCGCCUCGAAGAGUGAUACUACACAAGUCUCGCGGGCUGACUACUUGCUGGAAGUGAAAGACUUGAUGAGAAGAAGUCGGGGAUGUGAAUUGCCAGGUACAUAUAAUCCUCUGAUAAUAGGCGGGCUAUUUCGUGAACAAUGCAAGCCCUGGAGGAAGUGGUUAGAAAGCUUCUCCAGAGACAUAUUCGAAGCUGUUGAUCUAACAGUCAACGAUGCGUUGUCUUACAUUGUGGGUGAUGAUACGAAGGCGAAGCUAUGGGGCGAACUGAUUAGCGAUGGCUUGGAGAAGCUUAAUCGCCAGCUUCACGACAAGGUAGACGAAAUCUUGCGACCUCACGAGGACGGCCACCCGAUCACUUACAACCACUAUUUGACAGAAAAUGUCCAGAAGAUUCGCACGAGUCGUUAUCAAGAGAGUAUUAAAUACGUACUUGAAGAAUAUGAGCGUAUGUUAGGUGUGCUUCCGGGAACCCCCGAGAAAAUGUCAGAGGUGAUUACGAAGCUUACCGAGAGAAACAUGGAGACUGUGGCAAGUUCGGAUGCCAUUGACUGGAUGGAAGCGUACUAUAAGGUAGCACUCAAACAAGUUGUAGACGACUUCAGUAAACUGGCUAUCGAGGCCUGCCUCAUCUCGAACUUACCUGGGCUAUUCACGCCGGAGGUCGUAUUUGAACUCACCGACGACACCAUCAGAAGGAUUGCUGCGGAAAGUUGGGAAACCGCAGAUGAACGAAGAUUUCUCACAGAAAAGAUGAGCGUUCUGAGCAGUGGAAUGAAGGAAUUGCAGCGUCUAAGCAAGUAUCACAACCGCAUAGGUGAGAAGCAAGCAAAAAAAGUAGACUAUGUGUCGACACCUGCAUCUGAAAGAGAAGAGUCCUGGAAACAAGAAACGUCGGAACUAUCCGACCAUGAGCUUUUAGAGGAAUCGAUCCACGAGGAAGAAGCAAGCCCGGCAUUGCUUGAGACUGCUACCCCAAGAGAGAAAUGGUCUCUUAAGGUUAACACUCCAGUAGUCGAGGCUCCCAAGGAAGAGCAGGCGCCUACGCCCACUAACGAUUCCUGGGGGUUGGCCACAGCGGCUGAGGAAAAGAAAAAGAUAAGAAAGCUCACAUAUAGUUUCACCAGUCCUGGCGUAUUUGAUGAUUUAUAA